UCCUAUUGUGGGCCAAGUAGAAGAGGAGCUGCUACCCCAACAGCCCUGGGGGAGAGACUGGCGUCUCAGACCCCCCCCCAAAAAAACCACCAUAGCCUGGGAUUGCCUGAGGGAAGCUGCACCCACCCACCCACCUCCGCUGCUGCCCUUGGGAUUCAGAGCUUCCGCUUCGGAGAACAUUUGGGGGUCUCCUCAUCCGCCCCUGUAACCUGUGGAAACUUGGGGGACCAGCCCUAAGAAGGGAUCCGUUCUCUCUCUUUCGGACCGGACCAGAGUUCUCCUCCCUUGUGCCGACGGACCUUCAUUGCCUGGAAAAAGGAGCUGCCGAGGGCUCACGAUGGGCCGGCCGGCUGGGUUUUAGGAUGCUGGGCCAAGCCAGAGGGUUUGCUUGGAGAACCGUGAUGUUCUUCUCCUGCUCCUCCAGCCUUGGCUUCAGGCCGACGGCGAAGACCAUGGAGCUUCGCAACCUCCAGAAGGUUCUCUGUGUGGCCGAGAAAAACGAUGCCGCCCGCGGGAUUGCAGACAUCCUUUCGAACAGCAGGAUGAGGAGGAGGGAAGGAAUGUCCAAGUACAACAAGAUCUAUGAAUUCCAGUAUCACUUGUUUAACCAGAAUGUAACUUUGAUUAUGACAUCUGUGUCCGGACAUUUGCUGGCUCAUGAUUUCAAGGCACCAUUUCGGAAAUGGCAUAGCUGUAACCCCCUGGUCCUUUUCGAUGCAGAAAUUGAGAAAUUCUGCCCUGAAAACUACAUGGAUAUUAAGCGCACCCUCGAGCGAGAGGUUCAGCCGUGCCAGGCCCUGGUGAUCUGGACCGAUUGUGAUCGUGAAGGGGAGAACAUUGGCUUUGAAAUCAUUCACGUGUGCAAAGCAGUGAAACCAAACCUCCAGGUCUUCCGAGCCCGCUUCUCGGAGAUCACACCCCGGGCUAUCAGAUCCGCUUGCGAGAACCUCACCCAGCCAGAUCCGAACGUCAACGAUGCUGUGGAGGUGAGGCAAGAGCUGGAUCUCAGAAUAGGUGCUGCCUUCACCCGGUUCCAGACUCUGAGGCUCCAGAAGAUCUUCCCGGAGGUGUUAGCGCAGCAGCUCAUCAGCUACGGGAGUUGCCAGUUUCCCACCCUGGGCUUCGUGGUGGAGAGAUUCAAAGCCAUCCAGGCCUUCGUUCAAGAAACCUUCUACAGAAUUAAAGGUUGGGGUUCAGAAGGGGAAGCCCAAGCAGGGAAAUUCUCUCUUGGAAGUUGGACGUUCAGAGGGGACAGGGAAGUGACUAAAUCCGAGGAAUGUUUUGGCCUCCUUCCCUUGGAACUUGAGAAAUUGGCUUCCCGUAAGCUGAAAAUAAACGCCAAGGAGACCAUGAAGAUUGCCGAGAAGCUGUAUACCCAAGGGUACAUAAGUUAUCCCCGAACAGAGACCAACAUUUUCCCCAAAGACUUAAAUCUCUCCCAGCUGGUGCAGCUUCAGACCCAAGACCCCCACUGGGGAGCCUUUGCACAAAGGAUCCUGGACCAAGGUGGGCCCACCCCACGGCGGGGGACAAAAUCCGAUCAGGCUCACCCUCCCAUUCAUCCCACCAAACACGCCGGGAACCUCCAGGGCAACGACCAGCGCCUGUACGAAUUCAUCGUCCGCCACUUCCUGGCCUGCUGUUCCGAAGAUGCGAAAGGGCAGGAGACCACGGUGGAGAUCGAGAUUUCCGGCGAGCGCUUCGUGGCUCACGGGUUGAUGAUCCUGGCCAGGAAUUACCUGGAAGUCUACCCUUACGAAAGGUGGAGUGACAAGGUGAUCCCCCUCUACCAGGAGGGCUCCUGCUUCCAGCCCACCACGAUGGAGAUGGUGGAAGGGGAGACCAGCCCACCCCAGCUGCUCACCGAAGCGGAUCUCAUUUCCCUGAUGGAGAAACAUGGCAUCGGAACCGACGCCACCCACGCGGAGCACAUCGAGACCAUCAAGUCCCGCAUGUACGUGGGGCUCACCCCGGACCAGCGCUUCCUUCCAGGGCACCUGGGGAUGGGGCUGGUGGAAGGCUACGACUCCAUGGGCUACGAGAUGUCCAAGCCGGACCUCCGAGCUGAGCUCGAGAACGACUUGAAGCUGAUUUGCGAGGGGAAGAAGGACAAGGCCCUCGUGCUCCGAGAACAGAUCCAGAAAUACAAGCAAGUCUUUGUGGCCGCCGUGGCCAAGGCGAAAAAGCUGAGGCUGAAGUUCAAGCGAGGCAGCCUCCCAGCCAUGAUGCCCCUGGAAUUUGUGGGUUGCGUUGGUGGCUGCGACGAGAAUCUCAGGCAGAUCCUAGGCCUGAAGUACCUGCAAGGCCCAGCCAGUGCUCCAAGUCAGCCGAGGAAUCUCCCCGCGGAAGCCCCCGGCUCCCUUAACGGCACGAUCCGCAGCCGUGGCCAGCGCGUGCUCGCUCCCCUGCCCCCUCCUCCUGCACCAGCACACAGGGCUCCCCCAGCAGUCGCCAGCGCGGCCGGGAACGAUGCCGUGAUGUGCAACUGUGGCGAGGCGGCCCUGCUCCUCACCGUCCGCAAAGAAGGCCCCAACCAAGGCAGGCAGUUCUACAAAUGCGGCACCGGCAGCUGCCGAUUCUUCCUGUGGGCCGAGCAGCAGGAGCCCGACGACAGGCCAAACGGGGCACCUGGGUUCCUGGCACCGGCACCGGGCUCUUCCCUGCCAGGGCAAAGGAGCUCAGCAGGGCCCAGGAGGACGGGCUCUGAUCCCGGACCCGGCGCUGGCUCAGGAGGCCCCCUGUGCAGGUGUGACCAGCCCGUGGUGACCAGGACAGUCCAGAAAGAAGGGCCCAACAAGGGGCGCCAGUUUCACACCUGCUCCAAGCCGAGGGAGCAGCAGUGCGGCUUUUUCGAGUGGGCGGACGAGAGCUUAUUCCCAGCUGCCUCCACUUUCCCUUCUUCUGCGGGCAGGUGGCCCCAACGAGGACCCGGGGAGAAAGCCAAAAGGCCAGGCAGCGACUCCUCUGUGACUGCGCCAACGAAGAGACCAAGGACGUGCAGCGUUUGCCACCAGCCGGGCCACACCAAAACCAAGUGUCCGCAAAAUCGCUGAAGCGGCGUGGCCCACGGACAAGGCCGGUUGGCCAGGGAGAACUCGAAAAGGCCCGUUUGCAAACGAGAGGCUUCUGAAAGAUUGGGCCUCCUUUCUUGCAGGCCUCCAGUUCUCCCCUCCUUUUCAGUUUUAAAAUAGAGGGUGGGACUGUGGAAGAACUCGAGGCUGGGGGCUUCUCCACCGUGGUCACUUGGAAUUCCGGGAGUUGGAAGCCCACCCAUCUUCCAGAGGCCACGGUUCCGCAGCCAGCUUCAACUCCCAGGAAUUCUGGGAGUUGAAUCCCACAAGUCUUAAAAUUGCCAAGGUUGGAGAGCCAUGCAAGAAGGCUAUGCUGGUGUUUUGACUUUAAAAAGCUUUUCUUCUCUUGGGGAAUUGAAAUGAGACGGGGAUGUUUCUCAAAAGUCCUGGAACUCACUGUAAGGCUGAUGCUCUCUUAGAGGACGUGAUUUCAAAGCUGGGCAAGCUUUUCCCCCUGUAGAAAUCCUAUUCCACCCUCCCUCUAACUGGAAUAACCAGCCUCCAUAAUUUAUUCAAAAUGAGAAAAUAUAUGUGAACAAAACCCAGAGAGUUUAAUAUUUCUCACUGCCUUGCUCAAUGCUGUAUUGUUAUGCUAAGGGCAGCUAAUUUCUGCUCUCAGCUGAGGUGGGUAAUCGUUUUUUUUAAUUAAAAUAUAUAUUUGGCUUAA